UGCCAUUCGAAGCAAGAGUUUCCGCCAAAUAACUUGGAGCACGAAGAUGGCGUUUUCUAACGGAUACGGCAGCGGGCUGCUUGCUCCAUUUCUCUGGCCGUCCAUUCCUGGAUUAAACGGUCCUGCACGUGAAGUCGUCGACUUCGUUGACAUGUGAAGUCGUGGGGGUGCCCUUCUCGGAGCGCACCGACGACGCGGUUGCAGCCCGCUGCCGCCCAAAUGAGCACGUUAAUCGCUAUGACGUAACGGCCGAGAAAUCCCUCGAAGGGCCGACGGAACCUCCACGCCAGUUUUCACCGUGUGGCGCACAAAUAACAAUGCGCAUUGUGUGAAAUAAGCACGUGCUGUUGCAAUAAACAUGUGUUGAACAGUUUUUCGUUUGAGUUUUUGUUUAUUACCUGCCGUUUCAUACCCGAGGACUCGUUAUAUGUUAGAAGAAUUAAACUAUAUCCUAUGUUGUAGAGUCCGUUCACUUUUGUUUCACUGUAUAUUAAUUUUGAAAAAUGUCCAGGGAUGUUAAUGCAAAGGAUUAUGAUUUUGUAUAAAAGAUGCACAGCUAGAGAUAUCGUUUACGUAAAGUGAAGAGGAUGAUAGCGUUCGCCAAAGUGAAAGUCAGAUUCAUAUACGAAAUAUUGUAAAAUAUAAUUAGAGGUAUUUCCGUUAAAGUGUUUAUGUGUUAUCUUUGAGUUUCUCAACUCAAUGAGUCCACAAAUGCCAACGCACAGAGCUAUUAUUAUUAUCUACGAUAAUGACAGCAGCGUAUGUGAUAAGGGGGAGCGUUCCAUUUGUUGACAUAAAACGACACUCCGCAUUGCUAUCUGUUCAUUCGUAAUAUCGGUUGAUUCGUCAAUCAAGACGUACCAUGGCUCUACUAAAGAUGCUGAAGCGUACCUUGUGCAGAAACAUCGCGACGAGCGGCUCGAGAUUCGUGGGCAUGAUAGGGCCCUUGACAAUUCCACCACUGCAGAUCGCAAUUUUAUAUUAUUUCUGGCAGGAUUACUCGAGGGUCGUGGAUAAACGGUACUGCUCCUGCUCCUGCUGGGACACUGUCUUUAAAGGCUCGUACGAAUCCGGUAUCGCUCCCUAUAAACACAUGUACUUCAACGCCACUUCAAACAUGCUGAAAAUAUGGAUACUCGUCGUCAUCGGCGUGAUCGCGUUUUACGAGACGAUGAAGUAUCUGGCGAAACUGGCGAUGAAGCAGAGACUGAGGCAGUCCAUGAUGCUCCUCUUCUCGACCGCACUGUUCUCCAAUUAUUACUCGUGGUGGGUUUACAUUAAUUAUUGGAACGACGACUUCUACUCUCAAUGGUAUCAUCAGCUGUUCUUCACCAUCACCGAGCUGAUAUCCACCGCCUGGGUGGUGUCUCUCGCGGACAAGAAGAAUCCCAUAACUCACAGAAAGGCGUUCGGCAUCGCCGCGAUAGCCCUUCUGCACAUCGUGGCGGGCGGAUGGGAUCAGUUUUUCGAGAAUGUCGUCAGAGGGGAGGGUCACGCGCACCAGGUGAUACGCGAUCUGGGCUUCAUGAUACCGGAUAUCCUCCAAGUCGUCGUUCCGUUGUGGCUGAUCAAACGAGAAAGUAUUUACAGUAUCCAUCUUCCUAACUCGUUAGCGUACAUGUCGAGCAUCGUGAUGAUCGGAUUGUGCAUCUGGUCGUUUCUAUUGUAAUGCGACAUCGUCGAGGGCAGCGUAUUAAUUUCGCGGAAUGGGCGGCGAUUCGAUUCCGUUCCUCCGAGAAAUGGCCUUCGUUAAUUUAAACGUUCUUCCUGAAAGCGGAAAAUUGUUUCCGCGAUGCGAAAAGCUCGGUCUAACGCGAACGCCAAAAAAAAAACGUCUCUCGUCUCUAGUCCUUGUGACAUUGUCGAUUUUUACCGCGGGAACACGAUAUGAAUUUUUCAUAUGUCACAGAUUGUUCCCGUGGAUUUGCUCCGUGAUAGUAUUAUUAACGAAUGUGUUCUAAAAAGAAUUUUUGACUGAAACUUGAAUUGCAUGCAUCUUCUUGAGUUUCAAGUUACCGGUGCCGUUUAUUAUGUACCUUAUUGUUCACGUGAACUAAGCGCUCUAUUCUAUUAUUUAUUAAUAUUUAUAUGAAACCUUUCGAGCGAGUCUUUAUACAAGAUUUGCCAACGGAAGAAGUUGCGUCAGGUGAAGACUUUGUUGUCGUUAAAACUGCUUUAAUUUUAGGAUAUGCUUUAUAGGCUGCGAGCGCGGUAGCGUCUAACUCUAACAAAUAAGUGAAUUUAAGUAUUACAUUUAAUUAAGAACAUAUCAUGUAGAUAGCCUACGUAAGCAAGACGUUAUCGUGGCAGGCAGGAUCGCGUACAACUUACAGGCAAUGCUAACCAAAAAAAAUAGUGUCCUAAACUUCUUAUACAAAUUAUAAUGCUUAAAGUGCCUACACGUAAUAUGUUAUUUAUAUGAUUAUUGUUAACUAAGGCGAUAAGCAAUGGCGAAGGGAAACCGCAGUUUCGUGUAUUUUAACGACAAAACGCAAGAUUGUUACUUCAAGAGUUCUCAUUUAAAAUGCAAAGAAAAAGGAAUUUACACACGCUAACAAUAUCGCUAACAAUAAUAUCGAUUUGCUAGUUUUUUAACGUCGUAUACAAUGCUAGCGCGUUGACAUAUUACUUCUAAUCUGGUAAUUAGAAGCUCGUUUACUUGGACUAAAGGAUGAACGAUCUUGGAUGGAUAACAUGCAAUAUUAUCUGUGCAGCAGGACACAUAUCCUGGUAGAUAUGGUGACCUGAUUAACGAGUGCGGCUUGAAUUCACCAAAAUAUCAAAACUAAUUUUAUUAUUGUUACAUGUGUAUACAUAUAUACACAUAUAUUUAUUGCAGGACAUAUACUUUACGACAAAGCCAUUCCCGAAAAGUACUUGAGUAGUUACACGCGUCAUUUUACCUAAUUCUUAGGGAUAACUUAUUAUAGACAUGAUCGUAGCGUACUCGAGAGGUAGACAUUUCGUCA